CGAUGAAAUAGUUCAAAAGUAGUAAACAAACACGGAUUCACGUCAAAACUUUUGGAUUUUAAUAAAAAAGUUUCUAAUUUUCUACAAAAUUCCUCGAAACAAGCAAAACAGCAUAUAUUUCCACUCAGACCAUGUCAGAAAUUCAAAUAAAUAGCAGUGCUAGUUUUCCAGAGAAUGCAGACAAUCAAAAAACUUACAAAGAGGCGGGAGUUUUGGCGAAGGGAGUCUUGGAUUUGUAUCUCCCUAGUUUAAUCAAAGCCAAAGACCAAAUGCAAGAGUUACAGGAUAAGCAAAAGGUGUUGACUGAUCACAUGCAUGACCAAAACAUGAAAAUAGCAAAAAUUCACGAUCUGGAACUCAAGAUGCAAAUGUUUGAUAAAAUAAAAAUUUAUGACAGAAAGUUAUCGGUAUUAAAAAAGGAUAUGAAACAAUUACAUGAAUGGAGUUUGAAACUGAAGGCUAGAGCACAAAAAAUUGAGGAAAUAUAUAAGAGACAAUCAUAGGGUCAUAAUAACGUGAUUAAUUGUUGAUGUAAAAUUUUAUAUUUAAUUUAUACAAGAGAUAAAAUAUAACUGUUUUGAUAAUGAUAA